CCUCAAAUCCAUCAAAACCUCUGCUGCCGUUGGAGUAAGAAAGAGAGACUGAGACGCAGAAGAGGAGGAGAGAGAAACUUAACAACUCAACAAUGGCGCAGCGUCUCACUUACCGUAAACGCCAUAGCUAUGCCACCAAAUCCAACCAACAUCGCAUCGUCAAAACCCCCGGUGGAAAGUUGGUUUACCAGACUACAAAGAAGAGAGCUAGUGGUCCAAAGUGCCCUGUUACUGGAAAGAGAAUUCAAGGAAUUCCUCAUCUGAGGCCUACUGAGUACAAGAGAAGCCGAUUGCCUAGGAACAGGCGUACUGUCAACCGUCCUUAUGGAGGUGUUCUAUCUGGCAGCGCUGUCCGUGAAAGAAUCAUCCGAGCUUUCUUAAUUGAAGAGCAGAAGAUCGUGAAGAAGGUUUUGAAGAUUCAGAAGACUAAAGAAAAGGCUGCCAAGAGCUAGAGUGGCUGUGAAUUUUUUUUUGUCUUAGUUUCUCCAGAAGAAAUUUUGUUUUUAAGAGAAGAUGAUGAUGACUUAGGAAGAACCCUGUUUACGGUCCGUACUUGUGCCUAUUACUACAUUGAGGUGAUUGUUUGCUUUUUGAAUGAGCAUUUUUGUUUUACUUUUCACGCCCAGUUUCUCGAAAGAUCAUAUUAAUUAUUAAAGCAUAUACUCCGCCAUGGUAUCAGUGUUUUU